AUGACCUUGAUGAACUCAUUUGUGUCUUUGGGUUUGAUGUAUUCAAUAGUGAACCUCUUAGCAAGAACGAACGCUCAGAUCGUGUUCUAUCAAAAUAGUUCUGUAACUCACAUCUCUAAUGCAGAGUCCAGUUCAGCCGUACAAUUUUACGAUACCUCGUCAACCCAGUAUUCUUCCUUCAACUCACGCAUGCUGUCCUCCAUAAAUUCUGUUGCUUUGUCUAGACCUUCAUCGAGCUUUGCGAUUCCCAGUAGCUCUUCGUCCAGUUAUGCAGUUUCCUCUUCAUCGAUACCCUCCGAUAUCAGUUCCUUAUACUUCGAUACUUCCUCUGAAGUACCAGGCUCAUCAACAUCAGAGUCAGUUGCCUCAUCUGAAAUAUCGUCAUCCUUUGUGAGUACAACAGCCUUUUCCUCAAACUUACCAUCCAAUGUGAUCUCCCAAUCCUCGAUUUUCUUGGAAUCAUCACUCACUGCUCCAUCUCCCACGGAUGUAUUUUUUUCAAGUUCCUUGAUGUCUUCAUCCAUUACUUCAUCUCCUAGUUGGGCUUCUUUGAGCUCAGGGAAAUCAAGCUCCAUUGUAUCUACUACCACUCCUACUUCGUCAAUGAUUACAGGUUCAACUUCUCCGUAUAGCUCGGAAAGUUCUGAAGCUAUUACUACUACAUCAUUUCUAAGCUCAUCAGAAUCCCCGUCUGGCUUUUUCAGCGGCUCUACGCUCAGUUCGACCGUUCAAACCGGUACUAAUAGUCUCACGCCGGACACUCUCACCACUCUCACUGAUGCCACGUCGUUACUAUCUUCAUCAUCAAUAUUUGAAUUAUCUAGCAUUAUUUCUAGCAAUGGGUCAGAUUCUGUUGCGUCUAGCUUUAGUACUGCCACAUCAUCAAGAACAGGACACUACUCGGUCUUGCCAUCGGACUCAAUUAAUUCGUACAGUAGUUUAGUUCAGUCUUCAUCGUCACUAUCAACUAUAUCUCCUACGAAUGACUAUUCAUCUAUGGAAACAUCAGUUGACUUCACUUCCAUGGCUAUAUCUACAGCUUCAAAUUACCCAGAGGGUUCAGUCGCCCUCACAGAGUCUCGUUCUGGGGAUGUUUUAAGCUUCAACUCUACUACUUAUGUUGCUUCAACAUCUCUUACGGGCCUUCCUGAAAACGAAACUUCACAGCAGGAGUGGCCAAGCUCCAUCUCCCAAACAACAUGGGUUGUUGUUAACUCAACGAAUACCCAAGGGUCUAUGGCCAUUACAAUGUCUCCUGCUUAUGUCUCUACUGCUACUAAAACAAUUGACGGCGUUGUUACCGAAUAUGUCACAUGGUGUCCAUUAACUCAGACAAAAGCCCAAACUUUUAAAAGCAGCUCAUUCAUAUCGAGCACAAUACAAACUUCAGAACCAUUUGCGACAUCAGUACCUUUUACCUUGCAAUCCUCUACUACCACAUUUCCACAAAUAAUGGAUUCCAGUGGUGUUGAAACUAUAAGCACAAGUCGCAUGACCGAUACUAGCUCAACAGUAAAGUCCGACUUUUUCAAUAGGACAGUGGAUAGCGUUUCUUUGAGCAGCAGUGAAGGUAAAUCUGCUUCUUCCUAUCCGAUUUUGUCAUCUUCUAAUACAAAUUCUGCAAAUGUUACCGUCAACUCUCCCAGCGGGGAUUUGUCUACUAGUUUGUCUACUUCAACUGAGUCCGGCCAAUCUAUGAGUUCCAGUGAAAGUUCAUCUACUGCCUUGUCUUUCAAUUCCAUGAAAAAUAGUACUGCGACUCCUACUGUCCACUUAAGUUUGUCGUCCAGCCAUCCACAAUUAAAAACUAUCGCAUCGAAGACUUUUUCGCUUUCCACUGUUACAGCAGUGACUAAUGGUGUCAUCACUGAAUACACAACAUGGUGCCCGGCAACAAGUAUUACGUACACCACUUCGGUAUCUUAUAGAACGUUAAUUUUGACCACUGAAGUGUGCUCUCAUUCCCAGUGUACUCCAACUGUUAUUACGAGCGUUACCGCGACAAGCUCUGCCGUUCCUGUUUUAUCAACUGCUAGCAGCAUGAACUUAUCAUCUGGCGAAUUUGGAAACAUUGGAAGUUCGGUCACUAUUAAAACCACUACUGGCAGUCAAAGCUCUGUCGCUCCUGGAUCCACUACUGGCGCUCAGAGGUCGGUCACUACUGAAACCACUACUGGCGCUCAGAGUUCGGUCACUACUGAAGCCACUACUGGCAAUCAAAGUUCCGUCGCUACUGGAUCCACUACUGGCAGCCAAAGGUCGUCCGUUGCUACUGAAUACACUACUGGUGAUCAAAGCUCCGUCACUACUGAAGCCACUGCUGAAGCCACUACUGGCAAUCAAAGCUCUGUCGCUACUGGAUCCACUACUGGCAGCAAAAGGUCGUCCGUUGCUAUUGAAUCCACUACUGGCGCUCAGAGUUCGGUCACUACUGAAGCCACUAAUGGCAAUCAAAGUUUCGUCGCUACUGAAUCCACUACUGGCGCUCAGAGUUCGGUCACUACUGAAGCCACUAAUGGCAAUCAAAGUUCCGUAGCUACUGGAUCCACUACUGGCAGCCAAAGGUCGUCCGUUGCUACUGAAUACACUACUGGUGAUCAAAGCUCCGUCACUACUGAAGCCACUGCUGAAGCCACUACUGGCAAUCAAAGCUCUGUCGCUACUGGAUCCACUACUGGCAGCAAAAGGUCGUCCGUUGCUAUUGAAUCCACUACUGGCGCUCAGAGUUCGGUCACUACUGAAGCCACUACUGGCAAUCAAAGUUCCGUCGCUACUGGAUCCACUACUGGCAGCCAAAGGUCGUCCGUUGCUACUGAAUACACUACUGGUGAUCAAAGCUCCGUCACUAUUGAACCUACUACUGGCAGUCAGAGAUCUCUUAAUGCUGCAAGUUUCACCACUUCUCGAGGCUUGGCUACUCCAACCUUAUCUACCGAAGUCGUGAAUACUACCAUAUUUUCACCAAAAACGAUCAUUAUUAGUACAGAAAUCUGUUCCCAUUCUAAAUGCACCCCUACAGUCAUUACAAACGUGAUUAGCUCAAAAAUGACACCUACUAGUGGAUACACUACUUCACAACUUCUUCACACUGAAAAGGUAGAGACAACGCUAACAUCUGAUAAAACUGUAAUUUUAAGUACCGAAGUCUGUUCCAAUUCAAUUUGCAUACCGAAAGUGAUUACGUCAGUGCGAAUGAGAGAUAAUCCUUCUUUAGUCUCGGUUUCUUCAGGGUCAAAUUCAUCAUUGAUCUCUAUUAAAAAGGCUUCUUCUUUAAAGCCUACUUCUUCCCCCAGUACGCAAAUUUUAUCUUCAACUUCCACGAAUUCGGAAGGAACCCUUGAGACAUCCGUUUCUCAGAUGUUUAGCACUAUUGAGACAAGUCCUUCAAUAUAUCACUCCUCUGGUGUCACCUCGAAAAAUGAAAAUCUACAAAGCGCCGUUUCAUUACACAUAACCACUUCAGGCACUUCUAUUCCUUCUCCUUCAGAAUCUGUCAAGUAUUCGCUAUCUACCGCCACAACCACAGUCAAUGGCGUGAAAACUGUUUAUACGACCUGGUGUCCAUUGACAGACAGAACUACUAUUGAUGCUUCUACUCAAUCUUCUUGUAGUGGUGGCAAAUGUGAUUCGUCGACAAAACAAUCCGCAUCUCUAGCUGCAACAUCCGUCCAAUAUACACUAUCUACCGCCACUACCACAGUCAAUGGCGUGAAAACUGUUUAUACGACCUGGUGUCCAUUGACAGACAGAACUACUAUUGAUGCUUCUACUCAAUCUUCUUGUAGUGGUGGCAAAUGUGAUUCGUCGACAAAACAAUCCGCAUCUCUAGCUGCAACAUCCGUCCAAUAUACACUAUCUACCGCCACUACCACAGUCAAUGGCGUGAAAACUGUUUAUACGACCUGGUGUCCAUUGACAGACAGAACUACUAUUGAUGCUUCUACUCAAUCUUCUUGUAGUGGUGGCAAAUGUGAUUCGUCGACAAAACAAUCCGCAUCUCUAGCUGCAACAUCCGUCCAAUAUACACUAUCUACCGCCACUACCACAGUCAAUGGCGUGAAAACUGUUUAUACGACCUGGUGUCCAUUGACAGACAGAACUACUAUUGAUGCUUCUACUCAAUCUUCUUGUAGUGGUGGCAAAUGUGAUUCGUCGACAAAACAAUCCGCAUCUCUAGCUGCAACAUCCGUCCAAUAUACACUAUCUACCGCCACUACCACAGUCAAUGGCGUGAAAACUGUUUAUACGACCUGGUGUCCAUUGACAGACAGAACUACUAUUGAUGCUUCUACUCAAUCUUCUUGUAGUGGUGGCAAAUGUGAUUCGUCGACAAAACAAUCCGCAUCUCUAGCUGCAACAUCCGUCCAAUAUACACUAUCUACCGCCACUACCACAAUCAAUGGCGUGAAAACUGUUUAUACGACCUGGUGUCCAUUGACAGACAGAACGACUAUUGAUGCUUCUACUCAAUCUUCUUGUUCUAGUGGGAAUUGUGGACAAUCCAUGUCGAUUGUUGGGGUUACUACCGCUUCGGCUUCGAUUCCAACGUCUACUUUUAUUCUUACGACUACUUCAGUACCUAAACCUAAUUUGGGAGAUUCAUCUUCUAAAAAGGAACAGAGUUCAUGCUCUGGUGCUGAAUGUAAGCAGGUUUCACGAACAGCAUCAUCAAUAGCAUUAUCCUCAUCCGCUUCGACUUCAAUAUUUUUACUGUCUUCUUCUACAUUAUCAUCGCCGUCAUCAUCAACACGAGCACAAACAUUCACCUCUCCUCCAUUGUUAGCGCAAUUCACCUCAUCUACGUCACCAACUGUGUCAUUAUCCAGUUUUUCGCCACCUUUCACUUCUACAUCAUCAACAUCUUCUUCUACUUUCACGACACCACCGUUACCAUCGCCUUCUGCAUCAUCAUCAUCAACAUCACCGACAUUGUCUUCUAUUUCUAUAACAUCAUCAUCAUCACCAUCAUAUUUCUCUACAUUAUCAACUACGGAUGCCGUUACCGUUUCAAAGCCAACUACCAUCACCGCUACUCAAACUUGUACGGAGUCCCAAUGUCAACAGGAAUCUAGCAUCUGUAUUGGAUCCAUCUGUAACGGAGUGAUAUCUACUUCCACCUCUUCUCCAACUACUGUUACUGACACAGUGACGUGUGCUGGAUCCAAAUGCCAGGAAACCAAAUUCAGCAGUAAUUGCGAAGGUCCUUCAUGUAAGGUAUCUGAAUCUCAUGAAACAAGUACAACAUCUUCAAAAUGUAGUGGGGAAGAAUGUAGAGCUUCCAGUACGAUUGAGUCGCGCUCUCAAUACAUCACAAUGACAUCUAUCAUCACUCCAAGCGCUAUAAUAACAACAUCAAUGGAAGUUCAUUCCACUGAAUCGACCAUAUCAAUCACUACAGUUAAACCAAUAACAUACACGUCCAGCGGUAGCGAAGGACAACUGAUCACCAUAACAAGUUCCAGCCAAACUGUGAUCCCGUCGGUAACCACAAUAAUAACGAGCACAAGAGUAGCCAUAACAUCGACACCAGAACCAAAAACUGUGACUUUUGCCACUCAGAGGCCUUACUCAAGCGGCGUAGAAACUUCUCUUGUUGCGGCUGCAUCAUCAACAUGGAUCAUAACGCCUAUCGUUAGUACAUAUGCUGGUUCAGGGUCAAGGCUCUUUUUUAGUAAGUUCUUUAUGACAUUGCUAAUGGUUAUCAGCUUUAUUUAA